CGAAAGCGUGGUAGAGUGGGGACGAAACGAGAUCGGGUGUUCCCCCCUGGGUCAGCUGAGAGCCGCGGGGGAGACGUGGAUUCACUGGAUUGCGUUCUGACCACUUCUGGCCGUGGUAUGCACCUUUAUUUAAAACAAGCAGACCAUUGUGAACACGUCUACUGUGUAAAAAGUGGUAUUAAUUUUAUAUCUUGUACCUCUAUUAGCAAGAUCAUCUGGUAUGCAAGAUGAAUGAACCAGAGGUUAAGUUUUGCUCAAACUGCAAACAUGAAGUUCCGUCCGGGAAUUUCAUGAUGCAUCACAUACACUGUCAGAGAAAAUUAGCAUUUUGCCAAAAGUGCGAUGAGCCCAUACCUCAUUCGGAAUUUGCAGCCCACAAUUCCAAUUUCCAUGUCAUUGUUUCAUGCCCUGACUGUGGUCAGCAAAUGGAAAAGAUUAACGUUGCAGAACAUCAGAUAUCAGACUGCUCACAUCGUUCUAUUUGCUGUGCAUUUUGUCAUAUUGAGGUUGAGGCAUUUGAACUCUUAGAACAUGAGAAUUACUGUGGUAGUCGAACAGAAAGAUGUGAAGAGUGUGGAGAAUUUGUCAUGCUUAAGUAUCAACAAUUACAUCAAGAUUCGAAUCAUGGUUUUUUAAAACUUGAAGAUGAACCAGGCCCAACACCAUUGUGGAGUGCAUCUCGCACUACUCCUAGUGUUCUCAAUGAUCUUAGCAGGCAGCGUAAGAUAUCAAAUGCAAGUCAAGAUACAACCCGUCCUACCUCAGCAUUAAACCGCCUGUCUCCCAGUAAACGCACUAAUGAUAUGCCACAAGUGAAUUCUGCAACGACUGUAAGCAAGCCGAAAGCUCUGCACAAGACUACUCUUCCCCAAAGAAAUAAACAAGAUGAUGAUACUGUUGAUUUGGAUCUUCUUUUGGCUCUACGUUUACAAGACCAGGAAAAUUCUCACUUGACAACAAUUUCUGCUCCUUCUGCGCCUCCUGAAAGGGAAUAUCAUGACACUGGUAUUGGAGGAGAGUUGGUUGCAUUGCCUUGUGAGUUUUGUGAGGCCAUGAUCCCUGCCAACCAAUUGGUUCUUCAUGAGACUGGAUGUCGUCCUCAUUUGACUCAACUUGUUGUUCCUCCUGCAAACAAAGUGAGAAAUGAACCAGAAAUAUCAGAAGAAGAAGGUCUUCCUUGUGAGUUUUGUGGGGACCUUUUCCCCCCUCAUCUUUUACUUAGUCAUGAGGACUCCUGUGAAGUAACAGCUGCCCUGCAGGAGAGUAUGCAUGUGAACAAGCUUGGAAUAUCUCCAUCUGCUGCACAUGGUAUUAAAAAGAGAGUCAACAAGGAUCCUCCCUCAGGGCCUUUAUUUCCCACAAGAAGCAAACUUUCAGCUACCAGUUACGAAGGCGAGGAUAGAAAUCCAUAUUUAAUGGAAGUACGUGCUGCUUUGAAAAAGCCUACUGCAAAUGUUCUGCCGUUAGGAAGUAGACAGAAUUCCAGUUCAGAAUAUACAUCUCCAGGAAGUGGCUUAUCAAGAGCUGAUCUACCUUCUUCACCUUGUGUCAAUGGCUAUGCACGUCACAGUGUAUCAACAGGAGCAGUACCAAAACAGAAGGCAGGAAAACAUUCUGGAAUCUGGUACAAAGAUGUG